AGAAGAAGAAGAAGAAGAAGAAGAAGAAGAAGAAGAAGAGAUAAACAACAUGUCAACAAAGUGUCUUUUUUCCCCCUUCGACAUGAAGAAAGUUGUUGGUCACGUGACCCGUCUGCCGAACCCAGACAGAAAUGUCAACCGUCAUUUGCAGCCUGCUGCCCGCUGUCAGUGAAGUUUUGUCCGGUGAGAGAAAAUAAAGUUCCAGCACGGAGCGACAUGCGCUCCUUAGCCGGCCUGGCGGCCCUGGUGGCGGCCGCGAGUGUGUUCCUCUACCUGCUGUCGACCCGUCUGCCCCCGGGACCGACGCACGUCCUGCGGGACCCGGCGGAGGACGAGGGCCAGGGGGUCCGGGAGGGCCAGGGGGGCCAGGAGGGCCAGGGGGGCCAGGAGGUCCGGGAGUACAGGCUGAAGUUCCCGUCUGACCUGGACGAGCUGCGGGAGCUCGCAGACACGCUCAAGUUCUACAAGAGAGAACACCACGGCUACGUUCUGCUGCUGUUCUGCAGCGCCUACCUCUACAAGCAGUCCUUCGCCAUACCGGGCUCCUCCCUCCUGAACGUGCUAGCCGGUGCGAUAUUCGGGCCCUGGGAGGGCCUGGCGUUGGCCUGCCUGCUCACCACCGUCGGCUCCACCUUCUGCUUCAUGCUCUCCUCUGCGUUUGGGAAGAAGCACGUGGUGCAGCUCUUCCCGGAGAAGGUGGCGCUGCUGCAGCGUCAGGUGGAGGAAAAUCGCAGCAGUUUGUUCUUCUUCCUCCUCUUCCUCCGAUUCUUCCCCAUGACUCCCAACUGGUUCCUUAACAUCACCUGUCCCGUCCUCAACAUCCCCAUGCACAUUUUCUUCUUCUCUGUGUUAAUAGGUUUGAUUCCCUACAACUUCAUCUGCGUCCGCACGGGCUCCAUCCUCUCCGAGAUCUUCCUGGACGACGUCUUCUCCUGGGGGACGCUGGCCCAGCUGCUGGCCAUCGCCCUCGUGGCGCUGCUCCCCGGGGCGCUGAUCAAGCGGUGCGGCCGGCCCGCCUUCCGGGUGGACGGCUUGGACGGCAACGGACCCGGCCGGGCCCACGUCAAGGUCGAGCGGGACCGGAAGAGACGGUGAUUCUGGGACUUCUGGGGCCCGGUUUGAGAUUCUCACCGGUCGGCACGUGACCUUUCUUUCCCUGUGAGGUCGCACCAAGACUCGAGACGUCUUAAAAAUGGUCUUUUAAUGAUUUCUACACUGAGGAAUGACCCGGAAAACUGACAAUUUUUAUGCUUUUUGGAUGGGUGGAUGGAUGCGACACCGAGGACCGCUGGCUGCCGUCAUUUUGUCGGGUUCCCCCCCGCUGGAGGCUGCCCGUCGCGCAACGCCCACGCUUUGAUCCUUUAUUUGUUUUUCUUAAAACACACACACACACACACACACACGUCUUAAUGUAGCUGUGACUGCACUCGGAGGAAACAGCGGGUGUGAUCUUCUCACGAUGGCCUCAACAAAGCCAACACAUGCUGUCAUGUGGUCACAUGACUUGACUCCUCCCCCCCCCCC